AUGGCUCGUUCAGUCGCUUUCGCCGUCGCUUUAGCCGCGCUGGCCGUCAUCUGCGCCGUGUCGUGCGUCAGCGCGAUAACGCCGGUAACAACGCCUGCUCCGACCGGCAAGGGAGCGCCGGCAACAGGAACGGGAGCAGCGCCGAAGCCGAAGCCGCCACCGACGAAGACGCAGCUGCGCGCCGAGCUGAAGAAGCUGACGACGAUGAUCACGCAGAAGUACCCGAAAUACUCCAAGUACUCGGCGCAAGUCAACAAGGCCAUCAACGUUGCCCUCAGCUCCAAGUACAACCUGACGGCGCUGCAGAGCUGCACGAUUCUGCUGAUGAGCGACGUGGUGGCGGACCGCCUGUCGCUGCGCUUCAAGGGCAAGAAGAUCUCCAACGACGCGGCGUACAACCUCACGGCCGUGCAGAUCAUCGCCACGCGCCUCCAGCUGCCGGAUCUGCAGGCGAUCAAGAAGGGCCAGCUGCUGCCGACGCAGCUUAAGGGGGUGAACCUCGUGAAGAUGUCGGCGGUGGGGCCUAAGGUGGUGCUGGGGCAGCAGGGCUUGCUGAGGCCCACGUGGAGCACGGUGAUUGAUCCGCAGAUGUACGUCGGCCCGUACAUUGUCGCGCACGGUGUUGAUAACCCCCAGUUCCCCGUGGGCACCAAGCUCCCCGCGUAA